AUGGCACCUCGCCAAGCUCAAGAACCGAUUGCGAUUGUUGGUCUUGCCUGCCGAUUGCCCGGCGGGAUCAACAACACUAACCAGCUCUGGGAGUUCCUAGAGAAAGGUGACAUUGCCUCGCGAGAAGUGCCGGAUUCGCGCUUUACGUGCGAGACACACUAUGACGGGUCUCUCAAGCCAGGCACGAUGCGGCCUCCGGGGGGCAUGUUCCUGCGCGACGUCGACCCGGCCGACUUUGAUGCUUCGUUCUUUGAAAUUUCCGGGGCAGACGCGGUGUCCAUGGACCCGAAUCAGAGACAGAUGAUGGAGGUUGUUUAUGAAGGGCUGGAGAAUUCGGGCCUUACGCUGGAAAGGCUCGACGGAGCAUCGGUGGCUUGCUUUGUGGCCUCGUUCGCGACUGACUAUGCGGAAAUCCAGAACCGAGACCCCCUUGAUCGCGCUAGCAACCAUAUCCUCGGCAUUGGUAGGGCCAGUAUGGCCAAUCGUCUCAGUUAUUUCCUAAACGUAAAAGGGCCGAGUGUGACAAUAGACACUGCCUGCUCCAGCAGCAUGGUUGGCCUCCACCUGGCAGUGCGAGCCUUACACAACGGCGAGGCCGAAACGGCGGUCGUGGCCACCAGCAAUCUGUAUCUCAACCCGGAGCAUGUCCAGGACAUGGGAAGUUUGGGCCAAGCCCAUUCACCGACCGGCCUCUGCCACACAUUUGAUGCUACUGCCGACGGCUACAUCAAGUCGGAGGCGGUUAGCGCUAUCAUUAUCAAGCGACUUACGGAUGCAAUGCGCGAUGGAGACCCUAUACGGGCCGUGGUUCGGGGCACGGCGUCGACCAGUAAUGGACGAACCAACGGGUUGGCUAGUCCCAGUUCCGAAGCACAAGCAAGUGCUAUCCGAAAAGCCUACGACAGCGCGGGUAUCGCCAACUUCAACGACACGGCCUAUCUCGAGUGCCACGGCACCGGGACUCCUGCGGGAGACCCUACAGAGGUGAACGGAGUGGGUUCGGUCUUUGCAGCCACUCGCGAUCCCGAGACGCCGCUCAUUCUUGGAUCCAUCAAGGCCAACCUGGGCCACUCAGAGCCGGCGGCUGGCAGCUCUGGCGUCCUCAAAGCUGUCCUGUCGAUUGAACGCGGCUUCCUUCCCGGCACUCCGAGUUUGAUGAGCCCCAACCCUAAAAUCGAUUUUAUGCGCAACAGAGUCCGCGCCUCGCGAACCGCUAUUCCCUGGCCCGAUCAGCCAGGCGUCCUGCGGCGGGCCAGUGUCAACUCCUUCGGGUACGGUGGCUCCAAUGCAGUGAUCGAGCAAGCCCCAAAGCACGAUGGACCAACUGCCCACGUCUCCUCAAGGCUCGCGAAUGAUGAUUAUGACUUCGAUGCUGAUCUCAUCAAUGCUGAAGAUUCGGUCACUGCCCGCCCGUAUACCCUAGUAUUGUCUGCCAACGACACCGUAUCGCUACAGGCCAGUAUUGAUGCCCUUUGCACCCAUCUGCUGGACCCUCGGACUCAAGUGAGCUUACCAGACCUCGCGUAUACCCUGUCGGAGCGCCGCUCGCGCUUUUGGCACCGCGCCUACAUAACGGCCCACUCGACGACGGGGCUUCGGGCGACUGAUUUUGUCAUUGGCAAACGCGCCCCCAAGGCGCCACGAUUGGCAUUUGUCUUCACCGGCCAGGGGGCGCAGUGGCCCGAGAUGGGUGCGGCUCUUCUCCAGCAUUUCCCGUGCGCACUGGCUAUUGUGGAGGAGCUGGACCAGGUUUUGCAGAGUCUAUCGCAUCCGCCAGCUUGGUCCUUGCGGGCGGAGCUUACAGAGUCACGCAACGCAGAGCACCUUCGCCAGCCGGCCUUCUCUCAGCCAAUCGUGACGGCCCUGCAACUGGCCUUGCUGGAGGUCUUCGAUUCCUGGGGAAUUGUCCCGACUAGUGUCGUCGGUCACUCCUCCGGUGAAAUCGCUGCCGCAUACGUCGCCGGGCUCAUGUCGCGUGCGGAUGCCAUCAAGGCCGCCUUCUACCGAGGCAAGGCGGCUGUAAAUCGAGAGACUCAGGAAGAGGCGGAAAUGUUGGCCGUCGGGCUAGGCCCUGACACGGUGCAGGCCUUCCUGGACAAAUACUCCGGCGAAGUAUGGAUUGCCUGUUUUAACAGCCCGACGAGUGUCACCAUCUCUGGGCAUCGGAAAGCCCUAGAACCCUUGGCCGACGAGAUUAGAGUGGUCGGUCACUUCGCUCGUCUUCUGCAGGUUGAUCUGGCCUAUCAUUCUGGUCUGAUGUCAGACAUAGCAGCAAAAUACAAUGAGCUGCUGGAUGAAGAGCCGUCGUUCCACCCUGCUGCAACUCCAGCUGCCUCUCCAGCCGUGCCCAUGUUCUCCUCAGUCACUGGCGCUGCGAUGACCACCGCCGCGGAUGGUUUAUACUGGAAAACAAAUAUGACCUCCCCGGUGCGCUUCAGCGAGGCCCUCACAGCGCUAGUAUCAGACACCCGCAAACCAGACAUUUUGAUUGAGAUUGGGCCAGCGGGUGCCCUUGCGGGUCCCGUCUCCCAGGUGCUCAAGACACUUCCCGGCGCUACGGAUAUCACGUACACGUCUGCGUGGGCUCGUGGAGCUGAUCCUAUAAUCGCUAUCUUCGACGUCGCCGGCCGCUUGUUCAAUUUCGGCGUGCCCAUUGAUUUCACCACAGUGAAUGCCUACACGGACAGUCCGGUGCGUACCGUCAUCGACCUGCCCAAUUACCGUUGGAACCACUCAAUCAAAUACUGGUAUGAGAACGCCUCCAGCCUCGACUGGCGCUUCAAGUCCUACAAGACGCACGACCUGAUCGGUAGCAAAGUCCUCGGAAGCCCCUGGCAGGCUCCUUCGUGGCGCAAGCGUCUGGAUUUGGCGGACGUGCCAUGGCUGCGCGAUCACGCCAUGGGAGCCGACAUUCUGAUGCCAGCGGCGGGCUUCAUUGCCAUGGGUCUCGAGGCGAUGUACCAGAAGCACGCCUCCGAUCAGCAGCCGGCUGUGACCUCUCCGAGCCAGCUGGGCUUUCAGUUCCGCAGUGUGCGAUUCCAGCGCGCCCUGAUCCUCCGGCCCGACCGGCCAUCUUCAGUGCUCCUGUCGCUGAUCCCUGUGCCAGGGAGCCAUGUCUGGCACGAGUUCUGCGUUGCUAGCGAAGUUGACGGUACGCAAAUGCAGCAUUGCGUCGGCCGUGUGCGCGUCCAAGAUCCCGUGGUCGAGAUGGCCAAUGCGGCUGAGCUUGGCCCAUUGCAACAUCCCUCCUCCGCGCAACUGUGGUACAAGGCACAGCGGGAAAUCGGCAUGACCUUUGGCCCGGCAUUCCAGAACAUUCAGUCUGUCGAGGCGACCAGUGGACAGCGGGUCAGUCGUGCGCGGCUGUCUCUGGCCCCCCCUCCGUCUCGAUGGGAUCCUCAGUCCUAUUAUCCUCUUCAUCCGGCGGUGCUAGAUGCAUGCUUCCAGAGCGCUACCCCUGCUCUGGUUGCUGGCGAGCGCAGCAAGAUCCGUAACAUGGUGGUUCCCUCUCUGCUGGACGAGGUCGUAAUCAACCCGAUAUCUGCGACCCUGAAUGAGGGAUUGGUCGUAGCUGAAGCUGUCUUCAACGAGCGCGGCCGUAGGGAUCAACUACAAAGCUACUUUGCGAAUGUUCGACUGCAUGACCCGCAAACCGGAGCCCUGUUUAUGCGCACCCAUGGCCUUCACAUCGCAAAGCUGGAUGCAGGCCCACAACCCGGUCCCCAUACCCUGCACCAGGUUGUUUGGCAGCCGGACAUCUCUUUGCUGACGCAAGAGCAGUUGAGGUGUCUCAGUCACUCAGGACACAGGAUUGCCACUAUCCUGAACCUGGCCUCUCACCGCAGCCCGACACUUCGAGUGCUGGAGGUGAAUUUGGAGGUAGAGGAUACUUCGAGUGUCUGGUUCGAGUCCGGCGGAGAUCUCGCGGCCACCCACGCCGCGUAUACGGGGUAUGAUCUCCUAUUCGUGGAUACCAAGACGCUGGUUACCGCGCAGACCCAGUAUGAGAAUCGACGGCAGACCUCGUUUCACUUGGUCAUGCUAGACCGCGAGGGUCUGGGAUUGGACACGGAUGCCCUAUAUGGCCUCGCUAUUAUAAAGGGGGCGCGCACCACGGAGACGGUAGAACAGGUUGUGAAGAGCCUAAUGCCGCUGCUGGUCGAGGAUGCGUGCACACUGCUGAUGGCAGGCAGUCCACCUAUGACAGGGAGCCCCUUUACAACCAUCCCCGAGCAGCCGCGUAUCGAUGGCUCCCCCUCUGAGAAACCGACUCUCUCAAGCAGCUCCAGCUCGGAGGCGGCCGGCUCAGCAUCGGGGGUGACCCCAGCUAGCUCCGUGAUCUCUCUAGACCCCAGGAUCAAGCUGCGCCCAUUCUCGAACGACCAGACCCUUCGUAGACUCGGCCCGGCGGGAGCUGGACUCUUCCAGUCCCUCAUCGAGGUGGAUUGGGCGGUCGACGGCGACGUUUUGUCAUUUUUGGGCCGGGGGUUGACAGCGGGGGCACAGAGUCCCCGUGGCUGGCAUCUGGUUCUUUAUAGCUUCAACGAGACCACGCCUCGCCUAGCACCUUCGUGUCAGGCUGCGCUGGAGGCGACCGGCUGGAAGAUCACUUCGCGCUACAAGGCUCUAUGGCCCGUCGAACUAUCGACGUCCCGGACUGUGGUGAUGGUUCUGGACGAACUGUCCAUGCCACUCCUCCCCUACCUCAACGAAGAACAGUGGACCAUAUUGAAGUCUCUCGUGAGCUUCGGUUUGCCCCUUGUUUGGGUAACCAAGGGCGCGCAGCAUGACCGCGUCACUGACCCGGAUCGCGCCUUUGCCGUCGGGUUAUUCCGAGUUGCUCGGCGUGAGGACCCAACUGCCAAGCUCACGGUGUUGGAUGUCGAGUCCUCCAUGUCUCCUGCGACUGAUUGGGCAAUCGAGCAGGUCUUGCGGCAGGUGCAGCGUGAGACGACGCACGGUGGCGAGGCGGUCGUCGAGACCGAAUAUGCCGAGCGAGAUGGCAUUCUUUACACCCAGCGACUAAUGCCGGAUGCACAGAUCAAUGCCUUCCGCCGGGCCGAGACCGAGGGGACUGACCCCGUCAUUCGUGGCCUGCAUGAAACGGACGUGCAGGUGCGUAUUCACGGGGAUCGGGUCGGUACGCUUGAUCUGUCUUGGUGCGAGGAGGAGCUGGUGGAGCCCGAGCUAGACGCCGGCCUUGUUGAGGUGGAGGUGAAGACUGUGGGAGUGAACUUCAAGGAUGUGGCCACCAUCAUGGGCAUCGUGCCCGAAAACGAAUUCACCAUUGGUUGCGAAUGUGCCGGCGUGGUUCGUCGAGUUGGCCCUUCGUCGAGCCCCAUCCAGGCUGGAGAUCGUGUGGCAGUCGUGACCAAAGGUACAUAUGCCAAUCGCGUGCGUGUAGCUGUUGGUCUUGUGCAUCGCAUCCCAGACUGGUUGAGCUUUGAAGAUGCCGCCACCAUCCCGCUGGUCUGUAUGACCGCAUACGUCGGGUUGGUUGAUCUGGCCAACUUGCGAAAGGGCCAGUCUGUCCUGAUUCACUCCGCUACCGGUGGCGUUGGUCUCGCCGCUAUUCAGCUGGCCCGGUUUCGACAGGCCGAGAUAUUCGCCACGGUUGGUACAGACGAGAAGCGCGAAUUCUUGUCCACUACAUUCGACAUCCCUCACGGUCACAUUUUCUCAUCGCAUGACAGCCGCUUCGCCGAAGAUAUUCGCCUCGCUACCAACAGCCGGGGCGUCGAUGUUAUCCUCAAUUCUCUCACCGGCGAGCUUCUCGACGCAUCCUGGAGACUUUGCGCCGACGGGGGAACGAUGGUAGAGAUCGGCAAGCGCGAUAUUGUGGGGGGCAGCUCCCUGGCGAUGGAGCCGUUCGAUCGGAACUGCUCUUUCCGGGCCAUUGACUUGUCCUACACGAACCAUUCAACAAGCGAAGAGUCCGCACGAGUGCUACGUGAGAUCUUCACACUGGUUGAGAACGGCCAUAUUGGUCCCAUUCAUCCCAUCACCACCUUCGGCUUCGACGCCGUCCCUGCCGCCCUGGCUUACAUCCGUCGCGGCCAGCACAUCGGCAAGGUCGUCAUUACCAACGGAGACGCACCAGAUGUGCAUCUGCCCAUCCGACCAGCUUUACGGAAGCUGCAACUACACCCUGACCUGUCCUACCUCAUCGUCGGGGGGCUCAAAGGCCUUUGUGGCAGCCUGGCCAUCUAUCUCGCGCGGCAUGGAGCCCGGCACAUGAUUGUAUGCAGCCGCAGUGGCCUCGCCGACGAGGCGUCGGCCCGCAUUGUACACAACUGCGCCGCCUGGGGCGCUACGGUCGUGGAUGCGCGAGGCGACGUGGUGGAUUAUGACUUUGUGCGGCAGCUAUUCAAGUCGGCUGCACCCCCAAUUGCCGGGCUGAUCCAAGGGGCCAUGGUUUUGCGUGAUAAACCCUACGAAUCCAUGACUGUCAAGGAAUACCACGACGCGAUUGCGGCCAAGUUCCACGGAACCUGGAACCUUCACUGCGCCUCGCAAGAAGUACAGCCACCCCAUUCCCGGCCGCUCGAUUUCUUUACCAUGCUCUCCAGUGUAUCCGGAGUAAUCGGCAACAAAGGACAGGCCAACUACGCGGCCGGCAACACCUUCCUCGACUCCUUCGCCAGCUAUCGCCAGGGCUUAGGUCUCGCCGCCAACACCGUGGACCUCGGCGCUAUUAAAGACGUAGGCUACAUGGCCGAGGUUGGGACCGAAUUAGAAUCCCGCUUCGACACUCGGCAAUGGACGCCCAUCAACGAGCGGGCAUUGCGAGAGAUACUGACUUACUCCAUCUUGCAACAGAAACGUGGAGAUCCAAUCAAUGCAGGGAGUGUGGCGCAACUGGUUACGGGCAUUAACUAUCCCUUGACUGUAGGGUCGUCAGAUCUCGCCGGAGACCCGAGGUUUGGGUACCUAUUCGGCGGCGGAGACGCGGGAGAAGGCCUGGAGGGUGAAGGAAGAAGCGCAGCCAGCGAAGAUGAUCAAGCGAUCCGGGCUUUGAAAAUGUCAAUCCAGCAUUCCCAGCCCGGGGCAGAUCCGACACCCGUAAUCAAGCCUGUGGUGGAAUUGCUGUCGAGCCAAGUCACGAAGGUCUUGCGGCUGGAGAUUGAGGUUGAACCCGGCAAAGCGUUGGUUGCGUAUGGACUGGAUUCCCUGUCAGCCGUGGAGAUUAAGGCGUGGGCGCGCAUGAAGAUUGGAGUCGAUUUCAGUACGCUGGAAAUCACAAAUGCCAGUUCCAUUUACGCCCUUGGGGAGAGUAUGGCUACGAAGCUGUUGGCGGCGACCGUGGCGCCUGGUGAUUGA